CAACUUGAAAAUUAAAUAGGUACUUUACUUGUCAACAUAAAAUAUGAUUGUUUCACAUCUAGCUAAAAAACCGGUAACGGAAAUUCCACAUUAAAUAUAAUUCUUCAGUAAGUGUCUUAGAUUGUACAAUCAAUAAAUAUUUACCACGUACGUCUAGUUUCUUGUCAUUUAAAAACACCCCGCUUUUUCCUCUGCCCCAAUCCAAAUCAUCAUAAACAAGAGUAGUGUCUAGGUAAAUACAGCAUGAAUCCAAUUAUUUUCAACAUUACAUUAAACAAUCUCUUCGACUGUGACGUACGACGUUGAAUCGCGUUUAGAUUAAGAGAACCUUCAAAAAGGGAUUAACCGAACAGUUUUACGUACGUUAACGUGAAUAUCAAUUAUUUUAUUUUCAGUUUUGUUUUCACAUAACGUACAAAGUUUUAUUUAGUACAAGAACUUCAUAUUUCAACUUGUUUUAUUUCUGUAGUGAUCACGACCAGUUUGUUUUUCUGAAUUACUUGUUUUAUGUCCAGUGCAAUACUGAUUUAUUAAAUCAUGUCAGAUUCAAUACAAAAUGGCAAAGAAAAAAGCAGUUCGAUACAUGCACAAGAACAACACGAAGACAUCAUUCAAAAAUGUAUAGGAAUGUUAGGAAAAUGGCAAUUAUGGAUAUGUUUCAUAAUAUUCCUAGUAAAAUUUGGGGUUGCUUGGCACCAGCUUAGUAUAGUAUUUUUAGCGCCACCCGUGAGCUAUAGCUGUGUCAAUAAUGAAACAGACGUAUGUUCAAAUAAAUGUUCUCGUCACAUUUACGAUAUGUCCGUGUUCACAAACACAAUAACCUCGGAAUGGGAUCUAAUAUGCUCCAAAUCGUACCUUGUCAGCUUGAUUCAAACAUUGACGAUGCUAGGAAUUUUAGUUGGAAAUAUGUUAUUUGGAUGUUUGUCAGAUAAGUAUGGUAGAAAAUCACCUCUUGUUUUUGCAGUAACCCUGCAAGGAUUCGCAGGAUUAGGUGCUGCUUUUUCUCCCUGGUUUUCUUUAUUUCUAGUCAUGAAGUUUUUAUCUGCUGUUGCUACAGGCGGUACUAUGAUAACAAGUUUUGUUUUUGUCAUGGAGAUUAUUGGUACCGAAUGGAGGACAGUUCUGGGCAUCUUGUACCAAAUACCUUUUAACUGCGGUCAUCUUUUAAUGCCAUUGUUCAGUUAUUACGUGAGGGAUUGGAGGAAUUUCCAAAUAAUUAUAUCAGCACCAUCGCUACUUUUAAUAUCUUAUUAUUGGUUACUUCCCGAAUCUCCAAGGUGGCAAUUAGCUGUUGGAAAAGAAAAUAUUGCAAUUACAACAUUAACAAAAGCAGCCAAAUGGAACAAAUUACCUACCGAAAAUAUCGGACGAAACGUUAACCAAUAUUUAGCUCACAAGAACGUCGGUCGCAACGAAAUUCAUAAAGGAAACAUUUUGGAUUUGGUUCGAACACCUAUUAUGAGAAUGUAUACGAUAGCUGUCGGAUUUAACUGGUUCGUGUGCGGAUUUUGUUUCUUUGGAGUAUCUCAAUUCAUUGGUCAACUUGGAGGAAAUAUUUUUAUUAACGUAGCAAUAUCGGCCAUUAUUCAAGUCCCUAGUUCAAUUUUCGCUUGUUACGCUACUAAAGCUUGGGGAAGAAAAAAAACUUUACUCGUAGCUAAUAUCAUCACUGGUAUAGCUAUAUUCGUAAUGGGAUUUGUACCUACAGAUCCAAGUUGGAUUAAAACGACUUUAUCAUCAAUAGGGAUGUUUGGCCUGGCAUUAUCUUUUCCCACGGUAUACAUUUACUCGGGGGAACUAUUCCCAACAAUAGUAAGAAACAUAGGUGUAGGCACAGCAUCAAUGUGUGCUAGAAUAGGAUCGAUGAUAGCACCUUUUGUAGCAGGCAUAGUUGAGCCGUGGAUUCCAUCAGUCAUAUUUGGAAUAUUACCAUUAAUAGGAGCAGUUUUGUGUUUGAAGUUACCAGAAACCCUUGAUUGCAAACUACCUGAUGAUAUAGAAGAGGCUGAGGCACUAGCAGGAACAUCUAAGAAAAAUUCAAAUACAUUGGCGCUCUGAUUGUUAGAACUAGUUAAAUUAUCGAAAAAAGCUUUAGAUGAAUCAUUAAAAUAAGAAAUAAAAUAUUUAUUGGGUAAAAACGGGUUAUACUACGCACUUAGUAAAGUAAAAAACGUGAAUCCCACUGAAUAACAUCGAAUAGAUAUUGGUAACACAACAUAUUAAAGCAAAUCACAAUCAAAUUAAAAAAUAGAAGACGCAGUGCAGAUGCAGAAAACUGCAUAUGUGCUAUAUUAGGUGCCCGAAAGGCAGAGUCUGCAAAUGUAUUACUAAGAGUGCGUAUUCAUUUGUUUUGUUAACUAUAGGAUUUUCAGAAACUAUGAUCGGAUUAACACGAUCAUGACAUGAAUGUUCGGAAAGUAAUCACUUUUAAUUUGAAAUUUGUACCGUUCCUCAACUGAUAAAGAUCUCAUUUUGGCUGAUAUUGAUCUACCUAAUACAGGAUCGUAGUUUCCGGAAAGCUCUUAUAUAUUCCAUAUAUAAAUCAGUGUUUUAAAUAAACCAUAUUUUGUAUAAUUAGAUAUUGAAAUAUAUAUUUUUCUUUUUACUA